AGUCCUGUCACUCAGCCCUGUCACUCAGCCCUGUCACUCAGUCCUGUCAAAGUUGCCAAAACUUUCAAUCGCAGACUCUAGACGAAAAGAACAACAAAGAAAAAUACAUCACACAAACCUUGAGAAAACCAUGGGCGACUCAUCCUUAUCUGCAACAGCCGCAGCGACCCUCUUCCGGGUCGACGGCAUCGUCGCCGUCAUUACCGGAGGAGGCACAGGCAUCGGUCUGAUGAUGACCAAGGCCCUGGUCAAGAACGGUGCGAAAAAGGUCUACAUCCUCGGCCGACGAGUCGACGUGCUCGAAAAGGCCGUCGAAGAGUGUGGAGACGCCGCCAAGGGCGUGGUCGUCCCCGUGCAGUGCGACGUCACUUCCAAGCAGUCCAUCCAGGGCGCGGUCGACGUAGUGACGUCCGAGGUCGGGUACGCCAACCUCGUGGUGGCCAACUCGGGCGCCUUUGGGCCACCGAACCGCUACGACCCGACAAAGAGCAUCUCGGAGCUCAGGAAGACGCUGUUUGACGAUGUCGACAUGGACGAAGUGACCCAGACCUUCCACAUCAACGUCACGGGCGCCUACUUCACCAUGCUCGGCUUCCUGGAGCUGCUCGACGCCGGCAACAAGUCGGCCGUCGAGAAAGGCACUUAUGGUGCCCCGGUGACCCCCGGCGGCACGGCACCGUCGAUCCAGAGCCAGGUCGUCUUCAAUGCCAGCGUUGCUGGUUAUCUCAAGUCGAUUAGGUCGCCACCUUCGUACGGCGGGAGCAAGGCUGCGCUCCUGCAGUUGACCAAGGUUGCCGCGACAAUGCUGGCGACGUAUGGGAUUCGUGUUAAUGGACUUGCUCCAGGAUUGUUCCCAUCAGAACUGGCAUCGGUCCUUAUCGGGGAAAGAAAUCCCGAGACGGAGAACCCUGACCUACCUACCUUCAUCCCUGCUAGGAAGUUUGGCGGCGACGAGGAAAUGGGAGGGACCAUACUGUACCUUGCUAGCCGCGCUGGUUCCUACUGCGAUGGACUUAUCCUGGUUGUAGACGGCGGCCGGUUGGCAUAUACCAACUCCACAUACUAGGCUAGCGUCCUGGGUUUAGAUCUUUGUCUAUAGCCAAAGAGAAUGAAAAAAGUCAAGAAUGAA